GUGACCAUGCUGGAGGUGAAUGGGUCUGAGUGUGAGUGUGCCGUGUGCUGGAAUCCAUAUGACAACGCGUUCCGGACGCCCAAGAUCCUGGAUUGUAAACACACCUUCUGCCUGGAGUGCCUGGCCCGCAUGAGUUUGGCUUCAGUGCCGGACAUGGAGCCGGCCAUGUCGUGCCCUCUGUGCCGCCACCUCACGCCGCUCGGCCCCGGGCAACUGGUCACCGGACUCCGCACUAACGGGGACAUUCUGGCCCGCAUGAGGCUGCAGCCGCUCCACGUGUAUCUGGAUCACGGCCGCCUGUUCUACAAGGGGCCCGGCAAGGCCAGUUUCCUGCUGCGCAGACCCACCGUCUACACCUUGAGCUUGGAGAUGGAGCGGGAGAACGGUCUCCCUGUCCGCACUCAGGCCGCUCCGGCCAUGGACGAGAGACUCCCACACAACACCAUGUGGAGAUGUUGCCAGAGUCCACCCUGCCGGACUGUCACCUACAUCCUCAUCGUUAUAUUCGGCAUCACCAUCAUCCUCGUCAUCUCACUCUUCUGGACCAAGAAAAUACUCUGGGAUCUGGGCUGAGGAGACACCUGGCCAAGACACUGCCUGGCCCGUUGAAUGCUUCCAGCAUUUUCUGUUUUUAUUUCAGAUUUCCAGCCAGUUUUGUUUUUGUCCUUCUUUCAAUUGUGCCUUGUGGUUUAUAAACUGACCCACUCGCUUAAGAAGGCAAGACUUGGGAAGUUCGGCAUGUCCCCAACAGAUCUCACCAACUUCUACAGAUGUGCCGGGGAGAAAGCAUUUCAUCGGGAUGCAUCACAGAAGGGUUUGGGAACAGCUCCAGGCAAGACCCGCAAGAAAUCGCAGAGAGUUGUGGACGCAGCCCAGACCAUCACGCAAACCAACCUCCCUUCCAUUGACUCCGUCUACUCCUCACGCUGCCUCGGCAAGGCCAGCAGCAUCAUCAAGGACCAGUCUCACCCCGGCCACUCCCUCUUCUCCCCAUCAGUCAAGAGGUACAGAAGUGGGAAAACGCACACCUCCAGAUUCAGUGACAGUUCCUUCCCGGCUGUUAUCAGGCAACAGAACCAUCCUAUCACCAGCUAGAGAGCAGUCCUGACUUCCCAUCUACCUCAUUGGAGACCCUUGGACUAUCUUUAGUUGAACAUUAUUGGACUUCAAUGUUAUAUCUUCCACUGAACAUUAUACCCUGUAUCCUUUAUCUCUCCACUGUGGAGGGUUUGAUGGUAAUCACGUAUGGUCUUUUCGUUAGCACGCAACAAAAACAUUUCACUGUACCUCGGUACACGUGACAAUAAACUAGACUAACUAAAACUAGACUAAACUUUGAAGAAGGGUCUCGACCCGAAACAUCGCCCGUUAAUUUUUUCCAGAGAUGAUGCCUGUCCCGCUGAAUUACUCCAGCAUUUUGUGUCUAAACUGUGUUGAGUUUAGUUUGUUUUGGAAACACAACCUUGACUCUAGACUGACAUCUGUUCCCCUAUCAUCAGCUUCUCUUAACAUGGGGUUGCCCUCAACCCACGGGGUCACAGAGAGAACGUGCAAACUCCGUAAAGACAGCACUCGUAGUCAGGAUCCUCCAACUCCUACUGCAUGUGGGUCUCAUGUACCACAUCAUGUAGAGAGACAGAGGUCACAAUCUUAGCCAAUGCUGCGAUUACAUUUUUAAAUUAAGCUCGAAACUCCAGAGGCUGCAGAAGUCAAACUGCUGGAGGAAGGUCAGGCUGUGGCCCCGACUCAAAGUACAGACACUGCCUGACCCCCUGAGUUCUUCUACCAGUCUAGUGCUUUAAGAUGAGCUCACCCUGCAUGGGCGUUACAUGGCGAAUGGGUUAGUUUUACUGAGAAGUGCCAGCAAUGGAAUUUAGAUGAAUAACUUUGUCCUUUUGUCAUUUUGUAAAGGGUGUGACAUUUAAGAAAGCUGCCAAAUAUUUGAGAUGGGAGAUCAGCAGCUGAGCCGCCAGCCUGGGGCAUGUGGGCUGUGGCACAACUGGUUAUUCCUCAUUCAUUCCUUGCUUUGUUGGAAUGUUCUUCCCUUGGCUGUGUGGAGUUUGCACAGUUUCCUUUUGACGGGGGUGG